GAGCCAGUAGAAGUCAGAACAGGUAGAGAGGUGUAGAGAACUGGGAGAGAGAAGGAAGGGUUAAAGGCAUCAUCGCAGCCAUUAGAGGGAAAAGUUGAAGCAAUACAGGCACAGUAGACUUCUCUCUCCCCUACACCCCCCUUUCUUUCCCCCACUCUCCUCUUCCCAAGCUGGAUCAGUGUGUAGGGAGGGCAGUCAUCACGCCAUCCUGAGCAGUAGGAGCUGACGUUGGACGAAGCUGCCAGGUAGCUGAAAAAGGCACAGAAGGCAGCUGAUAUCCACUUUUCAACGUGGUUUUUUUUUUUUUUUUUUUUUUUUUUUAAGUCUGAAUCUGGACUUCAAGCAACACAGCGCCUGAGACAGCUCAUCUGAACCACACUGUAUUGCAAUACUCGCUCUUCCCAAAGAAAAAGACUCCACUGAGUAGCAGAAUGCUGCCAGUGUUGCAGCUAGGGCUACAAUACAGAGCCUUUUUGUAACAUUUUAAAAUCUCUUUCUGUUCAUACAUUUAGAGAUACAUACAUUCAUAUAGCAAUUCUUCCUUUUUUGAGGGCACCUUUGGCUUUUGUUACCCUGAUGUGACUUCUUCUUCGUCUUGGAAUGAUGGGGAUCUUUCUAGCUUAUGUUGGAUUCAUUUUCUUUUCAGUUAUCUAUAUUCAACAAGGACUUUCUACACAAGCAAAAUUCACUGAGUUUCCGCGAAAUGUCACGGCCACUGAAGGGCAGAAUGUUGAGAUGUCCUGUGCUUUCCAAAGUGGCUCUGCUUCGGUGUACCUCGAAAUCCAGUGGUGGUUUCUGCGGGCAGCUGAGGACCAAGAGGCUGGAGCUGAGGUGACAGGCACUCAGGUGGAGCUCUUGCCCGAGCGGGACCUGGACAACGACGGCACGAAGAUCAGCACAGUGAAAGUACAAGGGAAUGACAUCUCCCACAAGCUGCAGAUUUCAAAAGUAAGGAAAAAGGAUGAAGGCUUGUAUGAGUGCAGGGUGACCGAUGCCAACUAUGGAGACCUUCAGGAGUACAAGGCCCAGGCAUUUCUCAAAGUCAACGCUAACAGCCACUCUCGGCGAAUGCAGGCCUUUGAGGCAUCUCCAAUGUGGUUGCAAGACAUGAAACCUCGCAAAAACAUCUCAGCAGCUGUUCCAAGUAGCAUCCAUAAUUCUGCCAAUCAGCGUGUGCGUGCCACCUCCAGCCCUGAAGCAGCAGCCAAAAUCCCCAAACAAAGUCCACAAUCAGGUGCGAGGAUAGCUACAAGCCAUGGACUUUCUGUCCUGCUUCUUGUUUGUGGCUUUGUGAAGGGUGCUUUGCUUUAAUCUAAAAGUGCUGACUUUUUCCAAUAUCACUUUCUCUUCUUAAAGCAAAGAGCAAAUCGCCUGUAAAAUCCACGGAGCGGACAGCAAAGUUGACCCUAACCUCCAACCACCACUCUGCACCCAAUGUACUCUAAAUCUCUACACAAGGAGCACCUUCUUCAGGAAGUACAAACAAAAAUACUAAAUAAAUAAAAUUAAAAAAAAAAAUAUUAUAAAAAGAAGAGGAUACCACAUGUUUUCUUGAUAUAUCUUAUUUUCUUUGGCGUAUCACUGAUCUUUUAUUUGAAGAGAACUGGUGUGAUGUAAUCAAAUGUUUUGUAACAGCAAGACCUAGUUUCCUUUUCUUUCGGCAAGGAGAAGCCUCAUCCUUGACUUCUCAGGGGUUGGCCUGCGAGUCAUCAUUAUUACAGAAUUAACCAUCGAUGACAUUUGGUUUCCUACGCUGAAAGAACCGUUCCAGCCUGGAAGCAAACAGAGGCAAAAUAAUGAAACAAAACAUAGUGAUUUAACAUCGACCCCAAUAAAAUACCCCACAAACUUUAUAAAAAAAAAUAUUCUUUUUUCAUUUUUUUUUCUUUUUGCAUGAGGAAUAGGGAGGAGAAAAGGAAUUCUACAAAGCAGCUAAGCAGACUAGAGGAUGUUGUUUCUGGAGGACAAAUUUUUUUUUUUCUUUAGAGUUCUUUAGGUUUUGUGGUUUUUUUUAUUUUAUUAUUAUGCAUUUUCCCAUGUGGGUUUUUUUCCUGUCUUUUUUGGUUGUUUCUUGUUCAAUGGUGGCAAUUACUGACUUAGGCCAACCCCUGAUGACUGUGUGGAGGUUUAUAUAUAUAUAUACAUCUUUUUUUUGGUUUUGUGUGCGUUCUAUAUUUCAGUGUGUUUUCUCUAAUUUUGCAACUCCUGUAUAUGCAAAACUAACUUAAAUUCUGUAAAUUGCUUACAGUCUGUGUGAUAUAACUUCAGAGUAGACAUACUUGGUCCUCAUGCAAGCCAGUUUUUAAUAUUAUCUAUAUGUCGUGCCACCAAUCAACAUCUUUAUUUCCUUUUUUGACAAAACAUCACUCUUUAGUUUGUAAUUCAGUACUGUGUGGAUUUUGUAAUACAUACAUUCACUUCCACAGGUUUGACCCCUUUCAGCCCUCUGUUUACUCUGUAAAUGCACAUUAAAAUUUGUUAUGGUCUCUAGACAAUGAAUUAUUUUAGUUUUGUGUAUGUUGUGUUGGAGUUCAGUUGCUGAAAGCUCUUUUAAUUUGUGAUGUUUAUAGAGAAUUAAGUGAUUCGGUCACUAGAGACUGUAAAACGCAGGUUUGCAGUUGAAUACUGCAUGUAAAGGAAGGUUAGAAGGGGAAAAGAGACAAAUAGAACAUGGCUUAAAGGAUAUUCUUUUGGUAAAGAGUUUUAGGAAAGUGAAUUUAUUACAUUGGUAAAGUAUAUUUACAUCACAGCUCUUUCUACAUGGCCAAAGAAGUGUCUUUUUUUUUUUACUUUUUCUGGAAGUGGAUUGUCUUUACUCAUUGCUAUUCUUAAUUAAAAUACUUUAUGUCUGUGAACUGAAUGUGAGAAUUUUGCUGUUGAAUGAAGUAAUAUGCAUUACAUGAAUUACAUUCAUUAAUGCAGGAAGGAAAAAUUGCUACCAUUUGCAGCUGCAAUCAGGAAGGUUUUUUUUUCUUGUUCCCCUCCUUCCACUGAUGCUGAACAAUCCACACCCUUUCAUUUACCAGCACAGACAAUCACGUAUACCACAUGCUUAUUAUGAUCUAUUUACAGCAGCAUUAAGUAGCUGCAGUGUGGUCAGCUGUGUGAUUUCUCCUCAUUUUGCAAGUAAUAUAGAAGGAAGUAAAACAGUAUGUUUAGUAUCUCACCAGUCCGUGGCCUACAGGCCUAACAUUUUAUUUUUAAAUGCCCAUAAGUCUGAAGUUUCCCCCCAUUAAUUUCCAAGGAGAAAGAACAAAUAGUCAAAUAGAAUCAAAGGGUAAUACACGAACAUUUUGGAAGAGGAUAACAUAUUUGUGCAAAUCUUAUUUCCCUUAACCAUAGAUUGUGUACUAUACACUUGACUGGGAAUAGUCAGCCUUUCUUUGUUUUUAGAAGUCUUAGCAGUAAUAAAGAGAGUAGAAGUUUUGUCUAAUAGAGAUAAAUCAGGAAUAACUGUCACAAGAAAAAGGGGAAAAGUUCUUUUAUUUCAACAUAAAACUAAUGACCCACUAAGAAUAUUGUGUAUUGAAAAGGUUUUGCUCCAUAGGAAUAACAUUUUACCAGCUUACUGACAAAGGACAUAGAAACAGUCCCCGUUAGAGUGUUCUGAAUCAAAACAAAUAUUGUGGACCAAAGAGGAAGUAAAUGAAAAAAAAGAGCCAGAGCUUUUAAAAGUUUCAUUUUAUGACCAUACCUUUGGAACAAAACUUUCAGAGUUAUGGAGGAAAGGCUGCAUUUUCCCCAUGAAAUGUAUAUCUGUGAGUGCAUACUGUGAGAAGUUCCCGUGUGGAGUUUGGAAACCUCAGUUUCCAUUGGUCUUAAGCAGAACUAAAUGCUUAACAUCACACGUGUUUCGUAUGUUUACUGUAUACAUAUAUCUUGUAUGAAUAUUCCAUGUAUGCACAUAGUCCUAUAGACAACCUGCAGUGACAUACGGCAUUUUUCAGAAGCAGUUUUGCCUUGCAUUGUUAAAGUUAGCCUCUGGUUACUAUGUUAAACUGAUACCGUGUUUUGCUUUAUGCUGUUAGAUGCUUAGAUAUAAAUCACCAUGUACUAGAAAGUAAGAUUAAAGAACCAGCUGAAAUUAAAAGCAGAAUUCUAGACCACUCGGACUAGUUUGACACAACUCAGAAGACAUUACCAAGGAAAGUGCCGUAUUGUGAUCUGCUAUUGUUCUUCAACACUGUCAGCAAAAAAUGGUCAAAAGAAAUCUGUAGGACUUUUGAAAAGCCUUUAAGUCUUGCAUGAGAUGCUAAGGGAGUGCUGUAGAACUCCUUCUUCCCCCCUCCCCAAGAUAAUAAACCCAGAUUCUUCAGAUGACACUGGUUCAGCACUUCUGGUUGCAGAUGUAGAGCCUAGCUUUACAGUUUCUGCCAAGCUGUGUGGAUGUAUCAGCAACACCUCCUAAUAGGAGCAAGUAUUGCGUUUCUAAAUUCUAUGCUGUGUCUCAAAACAGAAGUAGCCCCCCUUUUUCUUAAGAAUUCAGUUAUGAGUGAUGUUUGGUAUAGGAAUGGAACCACUGCCAUUUUCUGCUCUGGCCCAGUUCUAGUUUGGAUUUAACACUAAUGGAGAAAAAAAUGGCAUAAUUGUAUCCUUAGAAGCUCCAUUGAGUUAAGUAUCUAAAAGGGCAAUUUACAUCUAACAGUGACAAAAUCUCUCAAAACUCAAUGUCCUUAACCUUUCUGCAAAAAUAGUCUAGUUUUGAGGUGGUCAUUUACAUGACUCAUGCUUCUCACUUGGUGUCCACAAGACCUCAUUGAAUAUAUGACUUUCUUCAGGUUGUUCUAACAGCUUUUGUUUUUAAUAGAGGAGUAAACACAGGUGAGUAUGAAACACUUUUUGUAUUUCAAGAUAUAUGCUAUCUAAAUACAGCUCACACACUUUGAGAUGUUAUGUCUUGUGAAGCUAAAAGAAACAUAUUCCAACUCCAUUAAAUAUCCCUGACAGCUUUUGUACUACAUGAAAAAAGAUCUAUAGCUCUUUUGUACUAGUAUCAAGGAUUAGUACUGCUACAGAGCCUGUCCCAUAGAUUCUCCUUCAUUUCAGUGUUUACCAAUAUUCUUUUAAUCUUGAACUUCAUGCGUGCAAGUUGCUGCAUAACAUGUUUGAACUUCCCUUUCUUAAUCGCCUUUUGUAGAUUCUUUCAAGACAUUUAUGGAGGAAGAGGGGUGCUCAGACCAUACAUUUAAAAAAGCUUGGCAGACCAAUUUAAGAUAGACUCUUUGUUCCUCAGAACUCCUGUUAAGAAAGGUACUAGAAAAUUUGAAUGGUAAACACUGAAUCUAUGAUGAAUUAUUGUUAUUUCUUUUUAAUUCUCAAUAUUGAAUAUUUAUAUUACAGCACUACCCAAAGGCAAAGAUCGGAAGUAGGUAUAAACAUAUGAGGCAUCACAGCAAAAGCAAUAGGAUUGCUUGGAGGUUCAUACCUAUGCACAUAAUUCAGUGCCGCUGCGAUUUAGGAUCAGAACAUGCCCCAGGACCAGUUUUUCUCACAUUCAUUCUUUGAAGUAUUUUACCUUCAUUGAAAUAAAAUGGGGAAACAGUUGCCACUGCAGAAAUCUGAAUGCUUGCCUAAUAUUUUUCAGUGUUAAACAUUACACUUCUAAUGAUCUCUACAGUGAUGUCAUCAUUUAGUUCACCAUUUAAAAAAAAAAAAAAAAAAAAAAAGACUGCGCUGCUGCCAAUAUUCAACUCCUUCCUCAGAAAAAAGGAAGAGAAAACAAUCUAAACCUUUGUUAUUUGCAGGACAGGGGAACAUUUGUCCGUGACAUUACUAUUGGUAAAUGUCAAAUGUUGUUUACAGAGCUAAAAGCAUUAAGAACCAAGAUUGGGAUCAUCAUAUUUUGCAAUAUAAAUUUUUAAAGGUUAAUCUUCUAUGAUUAGCUUAGCUAAACAAUGCUAAGCACAAAGUAAAUUGCUUAAUGCAAGUCACCAUAAAUGGCUUCAGUCUUUUGUUCUGAGCUUCCGAAAUAUUGAUUUAUUUGAUUUCACAGUCAUAAAGUUUGCACAUACAUUCACAUAAUUGAAAGAUUAUACACUGUUUUCCUACUGCUCUUCAUCUAAACAGUACAAGAAGACAAGAGCAAAGAAGAAAGUUAAAUUUGUCUGUAAUAAUGAAUCACAAUCAAUUGGUAGAGUUACUUGCAAGGAAAGAGAAGCCUGCUUUCUUGAAAGUCAAGUGUAAUUGCAAUCUUAUUUCAUUUUCUGUUUGUGCUAUUCUUUUGUUGCCAGCUUUUCAAUCUAAAAAAGACAAUACUGUGUUUCUUACUACUCACUUCUUACAAGGUGACAGAGGACAAAAUAAUGUUGCUUUUGUUACGAAAGAAGCUGGGGGGAAAAAGAAUUGUUUCAUUUAACAACAACCUAAAUGUUUACAGUGUCCUAUCACCUCAGAAUGUCUCUGCUCAUAGGUUUAUGGGGAAGGAGUGACAGAGAAGGUGUUUUGUGUUUCAGCUUGACUUCCCAGAUCUAAGAGUGUUCUCAGUUAAUUGUUAUCUUACAGCUAAGGACAGGACUCUUCUGUAAGUUUCACAAAUACAGUACUUUUUCCUGUAACUACCAGUGACAGAUUGGUUUGAGUUUUGAAAUGAUAGAUAAAUACUUGCAACUCAGAAUAUUUUUUCUUAGAGUUAUAAAUGUUGUGAGGAAUGGCAACUAUUAAAGCCAUAAACAAGUCUGGAAGAAUAUCACAAACUAGUAAUCUCUCAAAAGUUUCAAAAUAUGACAAACACUUUGCUCAAAAAAAGGUUUUUGGUGGGAUUUUCAUUUAAAGUUUUAUUGUAACCCACUCUUUUAAAAAAGUAAGGCAAUGUUUACAUAAUUUCAUAAGUAUUGUAGAUUGUUGUGGUUUUUGUUUUGCUUUGUUUUGUUUUUUUUUUAAAUAUGUUUCUUAGCACUCAAGAUAACAGAAAAGGCUUAAAAAGAGACCCAAUAGCAUUCUAAAGCUGUGUAUGUGUGAAGAGCUGAUUGCAUUAAUGGCAAAAAAAAACAGACAAAAACCUCCUGGCCUUGAAUUCUUUCUAAUCAGAUAUGAGAAAUGCCAGGGAAGGGAAAUGGCCAGGAAAAAGCUGUUGGAGUGAUUCUGGUGAUGGUGAUCUGAUCUUUGUCUUUAACCUUUCCAGUAUACUUCUUGGAACCACCAAGGGCAUAAAUUCUGAAAGGACUUACUGUGCAUGUGCAGCAGCAGAAAUAAUGUAUGCAAUAAAGCUGACGAUCCUGUGCAAAGCACAGGACCCAGUGAGUUUACACAGUGGCACCGUGCACAUGGGCAGAAUAGCUGGCAUUGUCUGGAUUCUAGAAAUUCUGAAUGCCUGGUAUGUACUGAACAUCUCAUCACACAUCCCAGAAAGAGCUGCAAGAUAUAGGCUGCUCUGACCUCUGAAUAGGAUUUGUCUAACUAGAAAUGUUGUUUCCUUUCUAAGGCUCCUAACCUAUAGGACAAAUAAAAUAUAGAAUACUGAAAAAUAAAGAAUGUUGAACAAAAUUC